GGGUGGCUGCUCUCGCUGAAAGGCCCCUCACAUUUUCAACGGAUUUGCUCAUCAUUCGUGUCCUGUUCCAGACGGCAGGCACUCCCUCCCGCUACUGUAGCUAGCACAGUUCAUCGGUGCGGUACCAUUUUUAAUGCAUUCGUGAACCUUUCCACCAUAAUACCUCUAUUCUCUUUUCCUUACCUUGGUCAUCACUAACAUUAUCGAAUACUAGUAGUACGGGUGUUUGGAUGACAGGUCAAGAUGGGGCCUCCACUUUCGUACCGCUAUAUUGGUACUGGAAGAACCAGCACCACUAGCACUGUGGCUGGUAGCGAUAGUGUCAAAGAAGUGAGCUCUCUCAGAGAGCAAAUGGAGGCUGACUUCUACAGCGACACUGACAGCGACCCGCGAGCCCACAAGAGUACUAGUACUGCCAAAACAAGUUCGGCUUGUGCCACCGAAGAAUUCAUCGUUCUAGGAGGCGUCCUGACAAACCUGGGAAAGUACAUGGAUGCUCAAGAGUACUACGAGAAGGCAUACAAGUCUUAUCAUCACAAGAACCAGAAUCACUGCAACGUUACCAAUCCAUCAAAGCAUUUUGUGUCUGAUCUGGUGUUAUCACAACAAGCCUGUGAAAACGCGUGUGCAACGUCCGACGGAAAAUCCGUUUUGGACUCGUCAGUUCUCAGUCCCCAACCAAGCAGCCACAGCAACAACAGUAACAACAGCAGCAGGAGCCAUGCUCUCUUCAACUUGGCUCAUUUGAAUAUGAAAUCUGGAAAACAUGCAGAAGCACGGGAUCUGUACAGCAAAGCGCUAGAAGAGCACUACAACGUCGAUGGCAAUAAGCAAACAUCCUUUGCUGCGGAUGUUUGGGUCCAAUUGGGUCGGAUUGCUGCCAAGAACAAGCGCCACAGCGAGGCACUCUGCUAUUUCGAAAAGGCUCUGGAAAUCAAAAUGGAAGUAUAUGGUGAAGAAGAGAAUGAAGACCUGGUCACGACGCUAGAAUGUCUAGGCCACAUUACCUACAAUCUACAGCACUACUGUGAUUCACUCAACUACUACAAGCAAAGCCUCAAAAUGUUCUAUGCCAUUCAUGGAUCACCUGGUCAUCGCAGAAGUCGAAAAGUUCUCAAGGCUAUGAUUACCAAACUGGACUGGUUGGGUAAGCUAUGUUCCAUCAACGGGGUGUACGAUGCCUCACAAGCAUUCUACGAAGAAGCCCUCUUGCUCAAGGGGGAAAUGUAUGGACAAUCCGCGCAGAACGCAGAUAUAUGUCACAGUCUAGGUGCUCUUGGCACACUCCAUCGAGUCCUAGGAGACUACGAAAAUGCCAAAAAGUACCUCACAGACGAACUGCAAAUGCAGCGUUCCAUCUACGGACAUGACGCAAAAACCAAAGAGAUUGCUCUGGUAUUGCACAAUCUGGGGAAUCUUCAUUGCAAUCUCAAUCAAUUCUCCGAAGCUGACAGCUACUACAAACAGGCAUUGGAAAUGAAAGAGCACUGCUUCGGAUCCAGCAAGCACUUGAGCUUGUCUGCCACGCUCCAUUCACUUGGGAUCCUGUCGAGCGAACUUGGAAAGUACAACGAUGCCGAACAAUACUUUCUUCGUGCGCUCAAUAUUAAAAGGCACAAUUACACACAUGGGCAUGCAACGAUUGCCAACACCAUCAACAGCCUGGGGAAUUUAGCUCGUAACAGGGGACGAUAUACCGUUGCAAGAGACUACUAUGAUCAAGCCAUCGCCAUGGAUAGGCAAGUGGCGGGAGACAAGGUGAUUCUCAAUGAAAACCAUGCCAAAACAAUACUCAACAGAGGCAACAUGGCCAUGAAACUGGGACGAUGGAAGGAGGCCAAAGAAUGGCUGGAGUAUGCUCUUGAGAUGUUCUACAAAAUAUAUGGUGAAGAAGCUAAAACUCUGGACAUUGCAACUGCCUUGUGCAGUCUGGCCAACCUCUUGAGAUGUCAGAAAGACUACGACGAGUCCUACAAAUAUUACCAACAGGCGUUGCGAAUGCAGUACGAGCUGUUUGGCAAAGACGCCUGCAACGCGAAUAUCGCGGAAACCCUCCACAACCUGGGCAUCCUCCAACGUGACCGCAAACGGUAUGAUAGUGCAAAAACCUAUCAUGAAGAGGCACUACAACUCAUGGUCGGAACCAUGGGUAAGGAGUCCACUAACCACCCUCUUGUACAGAAAGUUGCAAUGGAAUUGAUCAAGAUUGAGCAAACUUGUGCUAUGGAACACGCAAUACUAGCACAAGAAGAGGGUGACAGGGGAAAGUGUUGGAUACCGAUGCCCAUUGUUGGUGGCAGCAAGAACAGCAGAAGGAAUUUUGACGAGUACAAUUUUGGCAACUACAGGUAGCAGGUAGGUGGAUGCAUUUCUUUAGAGGUUUGAGCCGUGUCUCUUCUCGACGGCACCGAGACUGCAACAGCGAUGGUUCCUUUUGCCAAGAAAAGCGGGCGAUGCGAUGCGAUGCGAUGCAA